AUGCUGAUACUGCUGCUGCUUCUCAUUCUGCUGCCUCGUAAUGUAUGCAAGAAACAUUCUAUUAAUUGCACUGCAGAUGAUGAUCCUCUGCCUAUUCCUCAUGAAUUCUACCAACCGGGUGACCUUAUCAUUGGUGGGAUUGUCUCUCAGGUCUUCAACUUCCACAACACUCCCAGUUUCACAUUGCAGCCUGCACAGAUGUUGUUUAAUGAACCCAUGUCAGUGUCAAAGAACUACCAGCAUAACCUAGCCUUGGCAUUUGCUGUCAAAGAGAUCAAUGUCAAUCCCAAUCUCUUACCUAACACCACAUUGGGUUUCCACAUCCUCAACAGCUACUAUGUUCCAAGGAUGACCUACAAAGCCACCCUGAGCUUGCUUUCCACACAACAGAAGUUUGUACCCAAUUUCAAGUGUGAUACAAAAAACAAAAUGAUUGCCAUCAUUGGAGGACUUACUGCUGACAUUUCAGUCAACACAGCCACUAUCAUUUCCAUCUACAAGAUGCCACAGCUCACAUAUGGAAUUUUUUUCCCAGAGCAUGGUGGCAAAAUGCUAUUCCCUUCUCUGUAUCAGAUGGUCCCAAAUGAAGACUCUCAAUAUAGGGGAGUUGUUCGCUUACUUCAGCAUUUUAGGUGGACAUGGAUUGGGCUUAUGGCUAUGGAUGAUGACAAUGGGGACAGAUUUUUGGAAACCGUGGUACCAUUACUUACCGAGAAUGGUAUCUGUUUUGACUUCACAAUGAGAUUCCCAAAACUAACUUAUCUGCAAGAGGCAAUAGACUUGCUUUUUAAUCAAAGGGAUGCUUACACUGUUCACAAUAGGACAAAAGCUAAUGUAUACUUUGUGUAUGCAGAACCUGCAUUUGUAUUUGUUCUGAGAAUGUUGUUGUUUCUAGCACCUUUUGUGUCAUUACCACCUGUGCAUAAAGUGUGGAUUCUUACAUGCCAAUGGGAUUUUGCAUCCUUUUCCUUUGAAAAGAAUUGGGAUAUCGAAAGUUUCCAUGGGGCCAUAUCCUUCACCGUUCACUCCAAUCAGCCACCUGGAUUCCAAGAAUUCCUUCAGGACAUCAGUCCUACCUGGGCAAAAGGAGAUGGUUUCAUACAGAACUUCUGGGAGCAGGCAUUCGGCUGUUCACUGAAAAAUUCACAUGUUCUUGGGAGCAGCAGCACAACCUGCACUGGCGAUGAGAAGCUGGAGAGCGUUCCAUUGAUUUUGUUUGAAAUGAUCAUGAUGGGCCACAGUUAUAAUGUCUACAAUGCUGUUCAUGCUGUGGCACAUGCUUUACAUGGCAUGCAUACCUCCAGAUCCAAGCACAGAAGACUUAUCCAUCAUUUUCUGAGGAGCAUUGUGUUCAACAACAGUGCUGGAGACACUCUGUCUUUUCAGGAAAAUGGAGAAAUGAAAACUGGAUUUGAUGUGAUUAACUGGGUAACGUUCAACAAUGGCUCUUUUGCUAGAGUUCGAGUGGGAAGAUUGGAUCCUUGGGCUCCUGUAGGGAAAGAGUUAACCCUUCGAGUUGAUCACAUUGUGUGGCAUAAAACCUUUACACAGGGCUGGCCUGUUUCAGUGUGCAAUGAGAACUGCUAUCCAGGCUUCAGCAGGAAGAAGAAGGAAGGACAGAAAUUUUGCUGCUAUGAUUGUGAUCCAUGUCCAGAAGGGAUGAUCUCUGAGCAGAUGGAUAUGGAUGCUUGCAUCAACUGUCCACAAGAUCAGUAUUCCAACAAACUCCAAAAUCAAUGUGUUCACAAGGACAUAAGCUUCCUCUCAUACAAAGAACCUUUAGGAAUCAUCUUGACAUGGUUGGCUAUUGCUUUUUCCCUAAUCACAGCUAUGGUACUCGGAAUCUUUUGGAAGCACCGGGACACCCCCAUCGUCAAAGCCAACAACCGAAGUCUCACCUACAUUCUCCUCCUCUCCCUCCUGCUUUGCUUCCUCUGCUCCUUGCUCUUCAUUGGACAACCUAGGAGAGUGACCUGCCUACUCCGGCAAACUACGUUUGGUGUUGUCUUCUCUGCAGCUCUUUCUAGUGUAUUGGCUAAAACCAUUACCGUGGUUCUGGCCUUCAUAGCUACCAAACCAGGUUCUAGGUUGAGGAAAUGGGUGGGGAAAAGACUAGCCAAUUCCAUUGUUCUUUCUUGCAUCGUUAUUCAAGUAGGACUUUGCAGUCUUUGGUUAAGCAUCUCACCCCCUUUUCAAGAUACCGAUAUGCACUCAUUGCCAGGGGAAAUCAUACUGGAAUGCAAUGAGGGCUCAACAGCCAUGUUUUACUCUGUCCUGGGCUAUAUGGGUUUUUUGGCCAUGGUCAGUUUUAUGGUGGCUUUCCUAGCCAGGAAGUUACCCGACAGUUUCAAUGAAGGCAAGUUUAUCACUUUCAGCAUGUUGGUCUUUUGUAGUGUUUGGGUGUCCUUUGUUCCAGCCUACUUGAGUACGAAAGGGAAAUCCAUGGUGGCUGUGGAGAUUUUCUCCAUCUUAGCUUCAAGUGCUGGUUUACUGGGGUGUAUUUUUUCCCCAAAAUGCUACAUCAUUGUGCUGAGGUCUGAGCUGAACAACAGAGAACACAUGAUGAGGAUGAAAAUUUGA